UGUCUGAGCCUGCAACGAUAGUUUGUGUGUAUACUAGAAUAAGAUAAUAGCGAAAUCCUGAAAGCACAAAGCAACACUAUAAUUGAAGCCUCUCUCCUUCUUCCAUCAUAGCAAUAAUCAUGGCCCCGAUGCUGGAGAGUGAAAAAGACCCUCCACAACCACCUUCACGUGCCUUUCUGGACACAGUUGAAGAAAUCACCACAAUUUAUAGGUCACUGCCACCUCGACCUUCCAUUGAAGAGGUGGAAGCUGCCACGUCCACUGUGGAUACCCUCAACAACGACGAACAAACCAAACUUCACGAAAUCUCAAAGCAAAAACCCCCUCACGAUGUUCCCGAGGACCUCUUCUCUGUCCUGCAGCAACUCAAGAAGACCAUGGUCCUUUUCCAUACCCACCAACACAGGAGAGAGGCUCUUCAACUUCUUGAGCUCGAAAAAAUGUUUCAAACAUUCGCUGAUCUCAUUCAGAGGGCUUCUGAAUUGGUCUCUGGAGAUACCCAGAAGCAAAGCCUUCCCACUAUACCCGAAGAACUCGUAGUGAUCACUGACCAAAGUGAAACUUUGGUCAAGGAAGAAGAAGAAUCGCAGAAGAAUGAUUCACAAGUGAUACAGCGCUCCUUGUCUACAGGGGGUGGAAGCACUGAGAAAUUAAGUCUAAUGAAAGUUGCUACUGUUAUUGAAAGUUGUGCUGGUAGUGGAGCUACAACCCUUGAACUCAGAGGGAAGUUGGAGGAUCAGAUGGAAUGGUUGCCGGUGUCAAUUGGGAAAUUAUCUGGUGUCACUGAAAUGGACCUAUCAGAAAACAGAAUCAUGGCUCUUCCUACAACCAUUGUGGGUCUCAAGGCCUUAACAAAGCUUGAUCUUCACUCAAACCAGCUUAUAAACCUUCCCCAUUCAUUUGGUGAAUUGGUAAACCUUGUUGAUCUUGACCUCCACGCCAACAGAUUGAAAUCACUUCCUGCCACUUUCGGAAACUUGACAAACCUCAUUGAUCUAGACUUGAGCUCAAAUGGGUUCACAAAUUUACCAGAGACAAUUGGGAAUUUGAGCAGCUUGAAGAGACUGAAUGCUGAGACCAACGAGCUUGAGGAACUGCCUCACACAAUUGGAAAUUGCUCAUCGCUAUCUGCGCUCAAGUUAGAUUUCAACCAGCUCAAGGGCUUACCUGAGGCAAUUGGGAAGCUUGAAUGGUUGGAGGUUCUCACUUUGCACUAUAAUAGAGUUAAGAGGUUGCCUUCCACAGUGGGUAAUCUACGCAAUUUGAAGGAACUUGAUGUUAGCUUUAAUGAGCUCGAAUUUGUACCAGAGAACCUGUGUUUUGCAACUAAUUUGAAGAAAUUAAACUUGGGGAAGAACUUUGCGGACCUAAGAGCCUUGCCAACAUCAAUUGGAAAUCUUGAAAUGCUUGAGGAGUUGGAUAUAAGUGAUGAUCAAAUAAAAUCUUUGCCAGAGUCUUUCAGGUUCUUGUCCAAGUUGAGAGUUUUUCGAGCUGAUGAGACCCCCCUUGAGGUGCCACCCAGAGAAUUGGUCAAGUUGGGUGCUCAGGAGGUUGUGCACUAUAUGGCUGAUUUUGUCACCAAAAGGGACGCAAGAAUUGUGCCAUCAAAGAAAAAGAAGGGGUUCUGGUCCUGGUUUUGCUCCAUAUUUUGUUCAAAGCUUGAAUGAUGAUUGGACAAAAACAAAAUCUAUGUUAAUGUAUGUUUCUUUUGCUUGUACUUUUGUGUGUCCGUUGCAUAUGAUUGAAACACCUUGUUUUUCCCUAAUAGAACUUUGAUUUGCCUUGUAAACUUUGUUUAUAACUUUGAUUUUCUGCAAAUAUUUGUGUAUACAAGGAGUAUUUUUGUAACUGAAAUCAAAGAUAUGGCAAUUCCUGGGUUUUUAA